AAAGAAGAAAAAAGAAAGUUUUUCUGUUUGAGCUUAGAAACUUUAGUUAAAUUUAAACAUUGUAGGUACAAAUAUGGCACCACGUGUAUCAACACCUGUUCUAAAGACAACAGAGUUGCAAACAACAAUGAGAGAAGGAUCAACACCCCCAACUCCGCCUUCAGAAAAGCAUAACAGUCAUCCAGAUGUAUUGGCUGAUGGUGUGUAUAAUGUACAUUCAAGACCUCAGAGAAGUUUGUAUGAUCAGGAUCUGGGAGGCAUGGAGGAACCAAAAACCAUAGGUUUCCUUAUCUGGGCCCUAAUAACAACGCUGACCGUGUUAGUCUUUAUUUUGCGACUGCUCGCCCGCAUGAAUCACAGAUGUUGUGCUCACAACAUUGCAGAAGCAGCUGACCAACUAGAUGCUUGGAGCCAUACUACUGUGCAACCAGGAACUGAGACCCACACUACUGUGCAACCAGGAAGUGAGACCCACGCUACUGUGCAACCAGGAACUGAGACCCACGCCACUGUGCAAGCUGGAACCGAGACCCAUGCUACUGUGCAACCAGGAUCUGAGACUCACGUUACUGUGCAACCUGGAACUGAGACUCGCGCUACUGUGCAACCAGGAACUGAGACCCACACUACUGUGCAACCAGGAAGUGAGACCCACGCUACUGUGCAACCUGGAACUGAGACCCACGCCACUGUGCAAGCUGGAACCGAGACCCAUGCUACUGUGCAACCAGGAUCUGAGACCCACGUUACUGUGCAACCUGGAACUGAGACUCGCGCUACUGUGCAACCAGGAACUGAGACCCACUCUACUUUGCAACCAGAGACCCCGAAACUAAUUCCAUUUUUGAUGAAUCAACACACUCCACCAUCUCAAGCUACAACUCCGUCCAUUACGCCAUCAACCACUUCCUCCACCGCACCAUUGUUGCCACCUGAAUCCAUUUCAGACCGUACUAGGUCAAAGUCAAAGAAAAAACUUGCAUUGUAAAAAUAGUUACAUCAGGGUACUUAUUUUUGGAUACUUUUCUUGUUUACCAAUGAUUAGUCAAACUUGGAGCAUUUUUCUUUUUGGAUUUGCAUUAUGGUACCUUUGUACUUGUUUGUCACUGGAGAGUAAGACUUGAAGCAUUUUUUUUUUUUUUUGCAUCAUGGUACUUUUGUGUUUUUUUUGUUUGUCAAUGGUGAGUAAAACUUGAAGCAUUUUUCUUUUUUUGUUGAAGCAUUUUUUUUGUUUUGCUUCAUGGUACUUUUGUACGUUUCUUGUUUGUCAAUGGUUUGACAAAUUUUUUUUGUUUUUUUUGUUUUUUUCCUUAAGGGGUAUUUCCAUGUAUGGAUUUUUUUUUUAAAUCUACGUACAUUAAAAAAUAUAAGUUUUAAUGAUUGCUCGUGUAGUCAAGAAUAAUUACACAUUUUGUUUAUGUGCUUUUAAUUUUUCUUUGCAUAACAUUUAAGGUUAAGAUCAUUAUACAUCUACAUCUGUAUGUUUUAAACUUUUUUUUUUGGAAAUCCAAGAUACCAUGUUUAUUUCAUUUUUACAUGAUUGAAAAAAAAUGAUAUUGUACAAGGAUGUUCUUCUUUAUACCUGUAUUUACUUUUUUUUUUUCAAUUUCAUUUCAAAUACUUAUGCAUGUAUGUGAUUUUAUGUUUUU